AUGUUCUUGUCAAGAGGUCCAGUUGCGACGUUACGCAGGUCGACAACGGGCGCAUUGCGCAGCAUUCUGCGAUGUAGACGGGGCUUGCUCACCCUCGCGAUUGAAUCAUCAUGUGACGACACAUCCGUUGCGAUCGUUGAGAAGAAGAGCGAUGAAUCGACCGGAGACCAGGCUAAGAUUCAUUUCCUUGAAAAUAUCACCGCCGACUCUCGAGCUCACCGCGGCAUUCAUCCUAUCCUCGCCCUCGAAUCCCACCAAGAGAACCUCGCCGAUCUUGUCAAUAAAGCUCUCCAGAGUUUACCGAUUUCCAAUGGCGGGACCGAGUCGAUCAAACUAGCUGAUGGGUCAACCCGCCAGCGGCCAGACUUUAUUUCUGCUACCAGAGGUCCCGGCAUGCGCUCCAACUUGUCGGUCGGGCUGGAUACCGGGAAAGCGCUUUCCGUUGCGUGGCAGAUCCCCAUGGUGGGAGUUCACCACAUGCAAGCGCAUCUGCUGACUCCCCGACUAGUGUCAUGUCUGAAAAAUACUAAAGACUCGAGUUCUCCAAACUUGACAUCACCGCAAUUCCCGUUCCUGUCUCUACUCGUCUCGGGGGGUCAUUCGAUCAUCGUUCAUUCCAAAUCUCUAACAGAUCACAAGAUCAUGGCAUCCAGCGAUGAUAUUGCCAUGGGCGAGACACUGGAUAAAGCUGCCCGAGAGAUCAUACCUCCUACUCUACUGCAGGAGGCGAAAACGACCAUGUACGGCAAGACCUUGGAGCAAUUCGUUUUUCCCAAUGGACCCGCCGAUUUCGCCGAUUAUCGACCGCCGAUGACCCGCGGUGAGGAGGUGGUCAAGCGUAAAAGUCAGUGGGGAUGGAGCGUGACGACACCAUUUGCAAACACCAGGGCCUUACAGCUUAGUUUCUCCUCCGUUGCAAGUAUGGUCAACAAGAUUGUCAAAGACAAGGAGGGCAGCUUAUCCGACGAAGAGAGAGUCGAUCUAGGCAGAGAAGCGAUGCGUGUUUGCUUCGAGCAUCUUUCGUCUCGAACGAUCAUCGCACUUGAAGCCCUCCGUUUGAGACACCGCGAUGAGGAAGAAAUUCAGACCCUCGUCGUGAGCGGGGGUGUAGCGGCCAACAAGUUCCUAAUGCACGUUCUGCGAUCAUUCCUGGAUGUCCGUGGCUUUGGACAUAUGAAGGUUGUCGCUCCGCCUCCAUAUUUGUGCACGGAUAAUGCGGCCAUGAUUGGAUGGGCGGGCAUUGAGAUGUUUGAGGCUGGAUGGCGGACUAAUUUGAGUUGUCGCGCUCUCCGCAAGUGGACUCUUGAUCUGCAGGCUGAUGAUGGUGGAGUCUUGGGGCCUGCUGGAUGGGUUCGAGAUGGACUGCCUCUGUAA